CACUGAUAGGCAGCACUAAUGGUCACUGAUAGGCAGCACUGAUGGGCACUGAUGAAGACUAUAUGAGAGUCGCAUGCAGGGGCGGACUGAUAAACUCAUGGGGCCCCCAGGCAAUAGGGGAUCAUGGGGCCCCUGUGUCCUUGCCCAAACUCAAAAAAGCCUAUGAAAAAGGUACCAGGGGCAUCUCAUGGGGCCCCCUACUGACCCCGGGCCCUCGGGCAGUGCCCGAGUUUCCAAAUGGUCAGUCCGCCCCUGGUCGC